AUUCUGUGAUCACGUGUUGAAAACAUUUGAAAUAUAUAUAAAUUUAAAUAUAGAAUGUAAUGUAAUUAUUAGAUGGUUUUAGAUGAUUAUAUGAUUCAACGUGAGAUAGCGUUACGAUAUCGUUUUAUAAUGGAUUGACCGUAUGUUGAUUAAAUGAUCAGAUAGUAUUAACCUCAAAAGAAGGGUUAAAUGUUUUUAUACAACAGGAAGGUGCAUUUAUGUAAAAGAAUUAUUUCUUUUGUAAAAUGUCACACCGCCUGAAUAACAAACAAAAAUUAAAAUCACUUUUACAAGUGACUGCCACUGCAACUAUGUUUUAUGGUGGCUUUUGCAUUUACCAGGGCGAUGAGAAGUUUUAUAACAGAUUUAUCAUGCCGCUUGCAAGGUUUGUAAAUCCUGAAGUUGCACACAAUACAGCAGUGAAGAUCUUGAAAUGGGGUCUUUUAUCUGCAAAAGAUACAAAUGAUCCUGCUUCCUUAACUGUUGAUGUUUGGGGCAUGAAAUUUAAGAAUCCGUUAGGAAUGGCAGCUGGUUUUGACAAACAAGGAGAAGCGAUAGAGGGUUUGCACAAAAUAGGAUUUAGCUUUGUAGAAAUAGGAUCAGUUACACCGAAACCACAGGCUGGCAACUUAAGACCAAGAGUAUUCAGGUUGUCAGAAGACAAUGCAGUUGUCAACCGAUAUGGUUUCAAUAGCGAAGGUCAUGAAGUGGUUUGGGAACGCUUGCAAAGACUGAAGAAGAAUCAGAAUUUUGAUGGUAUUGUUGGAGUUAAUUUAGGUAAAAAUAAAACAUCGGACAACGCUGCACAAGAUUAUAUAGAUGGAAUAAAGAAAUUCGCAGAUGUGGCAGAUUACUUUGUAAUUAACAUAUCUAGUCCUAAUACUCCUGGAUUAAGAACGUUGCAGAAUAAAAAAGAGUUGGAAGACUUGUUAAUAAAAAUAAACAAUGUCAGACAAUCCAUACAAUGCAAACAACCAUUGCUGUUGAAGCUGGCUCCAGAUUUAUCUGAUACUGAGAAACAGGAUAUCGCGGAUGUAAUACUUCAACAAUCAUCGAGUGUGGAUGGCUUGAUAUUGUGUAAUACAACAGUUACACGAAAUAAUUUAGUGAGUCCCCUUAAAGAAGAAACUGGUGGGCUUAGUGGAGCUCCUUUGGCUGACAUGUCUACAGCAAUGAUUUCGGAUAUGUACAAACGAACGAAAGGUACCAUUCCUAUUAUUGGAGUUGGUGGAAUAUUUACUGGAGAGGAUGCUUAUAACAAGAUCAAAGCUGGCGCUUCUUUGGUACAAGUCUAUACGUCGUUUACGUAUCGAGGGCCACCAGUUAUUGGAAAAAUUAAACGAGAAUUGGAUGAUAUACUCAAAAAAGAUGGUCUACAGUCUAUUAAAGAUGCAAUUGGAAAAGAUGCGAAUGAAGGAAUAAAGAACUGUAAGAACCUCAACGUCGGAUUCUGAGAGUCCAGUUUCGGCUGCCAAAAGGACGAUAUCCGCCGCAUGAGGUGCCCUGGGCCAUCUAUUGAACUGUUCUUGGAGGACAGCUUCUUGAUCCGCUGUCAGACGGAUCACUCGAGCAUCGGAUGCUCUGCUGGGAUAUUGUGGCGAAGCUGAUCUUAACAUCUUGCCUGUAAAGAAAAAAAGUCGUCCAUUCGCAAGCGUUUAAACACAAGGUUGUCGAGACUAAAAAGCUUAAAAAGUCGACGGAACAACAUAGUCUCUGGCUAAAUUCAGAGAAAUCUUGUUACCACGAGAUUUAACAGCUGCGAAGUCCACGUGUUGGGGAGUAAAACGAGCAACGAGAAUAGCGUGACAUUGACCCAACGUCAGGGACUCCGUGCUUUUGGAUACAUUUCAAAACCAGAUUACAUAGGAACGAGAAUAACUACUGUUUCUUCCCUGACGACGUUUUAAUCGCUUUUUGUUGUAUCUUUCCUCGUAAUAUUCCUUCUGGGAGACUUCGCGAAUUCUUUGAUGAUAAGUUCCAUGCAAACGAGCGAUAUUUUUACGCGCGUAUCGUAGUAUUAGCGAAUAGAGGGUAACAGAGUCGCAAAUGUAGCGAACAAAAUAACGCUCGUCGCUAGAUAUGUGACAAUCGUGUAGAUAUAAGUAAAUAAAUAAA